AGCAAUGUUUGGUGCGCUUCUCUUUGGCAAGAGUAACCUACAGUUCCAAGGAAUUUCGGUGACGCGCAUGACCACUCCAAAUAAGACCUUCGUUGAGUCUGAAUAGCGCGGCACAGUGUAAUAGACACAGUCAUUGAGAAUAACCUACAUCCAAUAUCCCCUGCCAGCCAGCAUACCCCAGACUCUUGUCCGGCUGUAGAUCAACGCGAACAUGGCUCAAGCACUGGAAAUUGCCAGAUGGGACCUGGAAUGUGAGUUCAACAACACAGACCACCGUACGGAGCUCAACGGGGUGGAGCAGCUGAUCGUUAGAAGGGGCCAGCCGUUCACCAUCAACCUGCACCUCCGCUCGGGGGAAUACCAGCCUGGCGGCAGUGCACUCGACCUCACCGUGGAGACAGGUCCCCAGCCCAGUGAUCAGUAUGGCACACGGGCCUCCUUUGGUCUGACUGACCAAAUCGACACCUCCCGUUGGAGUGCCGCGGUCACCAGUCCCCCCGGGUACAUGGUUUCCCUGUCCAUCUGUUCCCCCCCGGACGCGCCUAUCGGACGCUGGCGCUUGACCCUGGGUCAGGGGGGCUUGGUGGAGUUUGUGCUGCUAUAUAACCCUUGGUGCACAGGCGAUGUGGUGUACAUGGAUAGUGAGGAGAAACUGGCGGAGUACGUCUUGGCUCAAGAUGGUAUCAUUUACCGAGGCAGCUGGAAAUACCUCAUCCCUACACCUUGGAACUUUGGCCAGUUUGAGGAUGGGAUCCUGGAAGCUUGUCUGAGAAUCCUGGAAAUGAACCCCAAGUGCCUGCGUAACCCUGGGAAAGACGCUUCAGGGAGGAAGAACCCAAUCUAUGUGUCCAGAGUUCUCAGUGCCAUGGUGAACUGUAAUGACGACAAAGGGGUCUUGCUGGGCAGGUGGACCGACGACUAUGACGGUGGGGUGAGCCCCCUGUCAUGGAAGGGCAGUGUGGAGAUCCUGCGGAACUGGGACACAAAUGCCUGUCAACCUGUGCGCUUUGGCCAAUGCUGGGUGUUUGCAGCAGUGGCCUGUUCAGUUUCACGAGCCCUGGGCAUCCCUUGUCGAGUGGUCACCAACUAUAAUUCAGCCCAUGACACCAACAGUAACCUGGUGAUAGAGCGCUAUGUGGAUGAGAACGGACAACUUGUUCAGAAGUCGAGAGACAUGAUAUGGAACUACCACUGCUGGGUCGAGAACUGGAUGACCAGACCUGACCUUAAACCAGGUUAUGAUGGCUGGCAGGCCAUGGACCCCACACCACAGGAGAAGAGUGAAGGAGUUUACUGCUGCGGCCCCAUCCCACUGAAAGCCAUCAAGGAGGGCGAGCUCACCUAUAAAUAUGAUGCCCCAUUUGUGUUUGCGGAGGUCAACGCUGACGUGCACACCUUUAUGAAGCGCAAAGACGGCAGCACAGAGAAGAUCAUUAGCUCUGUCCAAGUGGGCCUGAAGAUCAGCACGAAGAGUGUGGGCAGUGAUAGGAGAGAGGACAUCACACACCUGUACAAGUACCCUGAGGGUUCUGACGAGGAAAGGGAGGCCUUUACAAAAGCCAACCACCAGAACAAACUUCUGCAGCAGCAAACAAAUGCUGGCCUGCUUAUCGCUAUCAAGGUUUCUGCGGAGAUGAAGAAGGGCUGCGACUUUGACGUGUUCGCCGUGGUUACGAAUAACACACCGAAUGGGAAAAAGUGCCGUCUGGUGUUCGGCUCCAGAGCUGUGUCCUACAACGGAAUUCUGGGAGAGAACUGUGGGUUCAAAGACCUGCUCAACGUAGAGUUGGCACCUGGAGAAGAGAAGCGAGUUCCUCUGAGAAUGAACUAUUCCAAGUAUGCCGAGAACCUCACUGAGGACAAUUUGAUCCGGCUGGGGGCUCUGCUUCUAGACUACGGCACCCAAGAGGCCUACCUUGCUGUGAGGAACGUUGUACUGGAAAAUCCUGAGAUCAAAGUCAGGAUUCUUGGGGAACCCAAAGAGAACCGUAAGCUGGUGGCUGAGAUAACUCUACAGAACCCUCUGCCAGUACCACUGCAGAACUGCUGUUUCACCGUGGAGGGUUCCAACCUCACUGGAGGACAGAUCAUCACUGAGAAACUUAACUCCACGGUGGAACCCGGGCAAGAUGCCAAGGUCAAAAUCUACUUCACGCCCACCCACUCAGGCCAACGGAAACUGGUGGUCGACUUCGACAGCAAUAAGCUGUGUCACGUCAAGGGCUACAGGAAUGUCAUCAUCGGCAAAUAGAGGACCCACCCUGAGCCUGCACUCCAUAAAACCCAAUGAAGACAAAGACAUACAGUUGUUUCACAAUCUAUGCAUAUUUCUAUACUCCAAGAUCUCUUUUAUCACCUAUAGAUAAACAAAUUCUCUGUUUGUUAGGAUUAUACAGUGCCUUCGGAAAGUACUCAGACCCCUUGACAUUUUCCAAAUUGUUGCGUUACAGCCUUUUUCCUCAUCGAUCUACACACAAUACCCCACAAGAACAAACCGAAAACAGGUUUAGAUAUUUUUGUAAAUGUAUGAAGAAAAAAAAUACUAAUAAUAUUUACAUAAGUAUUCAUACCCUUUGCUAUGAGACUCUAAAUUGUGCUCAGGUGCAUCCGGUUUCCAUAGAAACAUCUCAAGGAUGGUCAACACCUUGAUUGAAGUCUACCUGGGGUAAAUUCAAUUGAUUGGAGAUGAUUUGGAAAGGCCCACAUCUGUCUAUAUAACAGUGCAUAUAUGACAGUGCAUGUCAGAGCAAAAACCAAGCCAUGAGGUCGAAGGAAUUGUCUGUAGAGCUCCGAAGCAGGAUUGUGUCAAAGCACAGAUCUGGGGAAGGGUACCAAAACUUUCUGUAGUAUUGAACGUACCCAAGAACACAGUGGCCUCCAUUAUUCUUAAUUCUUUCUAGAGCUGGCCGACCGGCCAAACUGCACAAUCAGUGAAGAAGGGCCUUGGUCAGGGAGGUGACCUACAACCCGAUGGUAUCUCUGACAGAGCUCUAGAGUUCCUCUGUGGAGAUGAGAGAACUUUCCAGAAGGAAAACCAUCUCUGCAGCACUCAACCAAUCAGGCCUUUAUGGUAGAGUUGCCAGAAGGAAGCAACUGCUCAGUCAAAGGCACCCAAAGUUUGCCAAAAGGCACCUAUAGACUUUCAGACCAUGAGAAACAAGAUUCUCUGGUCUGACGAAACCAUUUAUUUCAAUGGUGGAAAAAGUAUCAAAAGUAAAAGUACAAAUCAUUUCAAAUUCCUUAUAUAAAGCAAACCAGAUUGCACCAUUUUCUUGUUUUUAUUUACUUACGGUAAGCAUAGACAUAAUUUGCAAUCAAAGCAUUUGUGUUUAGUGAGCCGCCAGAUCAGAGUCAGUAGGGAUGACAAGGGACUUUCUCUCUUGAUAAUUGUAUGAAUUCUAACUCUUUGGCCUGAAUGCCAAGCGUGGAAAAAAACAAUUGAAUACAUUUUAGAAUUAGGCUGUAACGUAACAAAAUGUGGAAAAAGUCAAGGGGUCUGAAUACUUUCAAGUAAAAUUCUGAGUAUGUGUAAAUAUACUUGGCAAAUAAAGGAGUUUCUGAUUAUA